AUGUUUCGGUUGCAGACAAGAAAUUUGGCCACCGCGGAAGGCUCUCUAAAGAAAGCCGCGGCAGCUUCCCAGAAAAUCCUGCCGCUCUGGGCAGCCAAGCAGAUCCCCCAGAAAGGCGCUCUGGAUAAAAAACUUCUUGGGUUGAGAAAGAAGGAAAUCAGGUUGAAGAAAAUGAUCACCCGAGACGUCAACAACUUGAAGCAGCACAACUUUAAACAAACCGAGUUCUCGGUGGACCCUGUUUUGGGUGAUGAGCUGGUGCAGUUUUUGCAGCGUAUGAGGGACGAGAUUGCCGAGCCCUCCAAUUUGGCAUAUGGCUACAAGCGCGAGGAGCUCGAAAAACUCCUCUACGGUGCACAAAAAGCCGCGUUGGACAGCAGCAUCGGCGGCACGAUUGUGACGGACCAGGUCUGCGAGGCCGAGGAGAAGAAAAGACGCGCGUUGUUGACGAUCUUGAACAUGAAGAACACCAAUGCCGCGGACAAAAAGAAGUUGGCCAUCAGCUUCGCCCGCAAAGAGUUCGAGCGCUUCGAUGGCGACACGGGGUCGCCGGAGGUGCAGGCUGCGAUCAUGACGGUCAAGAUCCACUUUGGCUUCAACCACAUCCGUGAGUCGCCAAAGGACCACAGCCACAUCCAGGUCGUGCGUGAGUUGGUCCAACACAGGCAGCGUGUGUUGAAGUACUUGAAGAAAGACAACCCCCAGCAGUACUUCUACACCAUUGCCAAGUUGGGCUUGGCGGACGACGUGGUGACCUCGGAGUUCUCCAUGGGCAGACAGUACUUCCAGGACUACAAGGUGUGGGGCGAAAAGCAGUUGGUCAAGUUGUCGGAGAAGCAACAGAAGAAGGAGCAGAAGUUUGCGGACUUGCAGAAGAAGGUCAACAACUACAACAAGCUUGCGAAGCAGAACUACGCGGCGCUCAACCAGUGA